AUGGCCAUCCCCAAGGGUUUUCUUCUUGCCAUUCUAGGCUGCAUCUGCUUAUGCAGCAGUGCUGUUAUGUCAGCUCGCGAGCUCAACGACGCGACCAUGGUGGAGAGGCAUGAGCAGUGGAUGGCGAAGUUCAACCGCGUUUACAAGGACGGCACCGAGAAGGCACAUCGGUAUGAGGUGUUCAAGGCCAACGUUGCCUUCAUCGAGUCGUUCAACGCCAGAAACCACAAGUUCUGGCUCGGUGUCAACCAGUUUACCGACCUCACCAAUGAUGAGUUCAAGGCAACCAAGACCAACAAGGGCCUCAAGAGGAGCGGUAGCCAGGCUCCAACCGGGUUCAAGUACAACAAUGUCAGCACCGAUGCACUUCCAGCCGCUGUUGAUUGGAGAACCAAGGGUGCCGUUACUCCUAUCAAAGACCAAGGCCAAUGUGGCUGCUGCUGGGCCUUUUCAGCUGUGGCCGCAACCGAAGGCAUUGUGAAGUUGAGCUCCGGGAAGCUAGUCUCUCUGUCGGAACAAGAGCUAGUUGACUGUGACGUUCAUGGUGUUAAUCAGGGUUGUGAGGGUGGUGAGAUGGACGAUGCCUUCAAGUUCAUCAUCAAGAAUGGCGGCCUCACCACCGAGGCCAACUACCCCUACACGGCACAAGACGAACAAUGCAAGACAAGCAUUGCAAGCAACAGUGUUGCAACCAUCAAGGGCUACGAGGAUGUGCCCGCCAACGACGAAUCUUCUCUUAUGAAAGCCGUGGCUAACCAGCCUGUGUCAGUAGCUGUGGACGGAGGGGAUGUCAUAUUUCAACAUUACUCCGGCGGGGUAAUGACCGGCUCAUGUGGGACUGAUUUGGACCAUGGCAUAGCAGCUAUUGGAUAUGGCAUGACAAGUGACGGAACUAAGUAUUGGCUACUGAAAAACUCAUGGGGCACGACAUGGGGCGAGAGUGGGUACCUCAGAAUGGAGAAGGAUAUUUCUGACAAGAGUGGUAUGUGUGGCUUGGCCAUGCAACCUUCCUACCCCACCGAGUAG